CAAAAGUGCACACUUAGAAUCUGAUUGCUGAUCAGCUGCUGGUAGAUAUGGAGACACAUCCUUACUUGGUUACGUAGUUACAGCAAAGCAAGAACACCGAGCACCUUCUUUUUCUGUGUGACACUAGGAGCAUACAAAGAGGAACAAUGUGGACCAAACUGGUUCUUCUUCUGAUCGGAACUCUGUCCAUGUAUCAGGGUAUUUCAGAAGUAGCAACUGAAAUCUAUAUUUCUGAGGUGAUGGUGGAGAGCAACGUCACACUGAGCGCCAAGAGCAUCCUGGACAGUUGGAACUCAUCAACAACCCUCACAGUGACUGACAGUAGUCAAGCAUCCUACGGUGUCACAAUAUUCAGCAGGGAACUAGUUGCAGAAUGCCUAGUUGUCGGUGAGGACUACAACUGCAACUGCUCUACAGGCUAUGCUUGGAGUAACGAGGUCUGCUACAACUAUGGUUGCUGUACUGAAGCUCCAUGCACACAAAAUAUAUCCCUUGCCACGUCCAUCUGUGUUCUCAAGACUCCGGUUGUCAUCAAUGGAUCAGUGCAGGUUCCUAGGAGCUGGGCGGUACCUACUGAUACUGAAAAUCUCAAAACUGAACUUAACAAAGUGAAUGGUCUGGAUGGUGCCCCAGUAGUCACUAUUACGAGCAACACUGCCUCAUUGUCCACUGUUGAUUUUAAGAUGAAAACUUACGUUGCAUUAAACACGUCUAAACUUCAAGAUAUUCUGAAUACUCUGGUGACGACACUGCCAUCUGGUCCAAUUUUGGUUACAACAGCAGGAAUGGUGAACAUUCAGGUUUCAUAUUCAGAAAAGGUGGAGUAUGAGUCGACUCCAUCUCUUCAAUGCACAUUUGAGGAGACCACAGACAGUGCUGGCUGGAAUCUGACAAGAGGGUCUGUGCGAUUGGGGCUUGGCAAUGGACUUGUAACCACUGUUACAUCCAACUGCGCCCUACCAGAUUACCCAUCCUGUGUUAAUGUUACUUUAACAAAAGUGACAGGUGUAUGGGCAGGUACAUAUGAGUGCGGAUUUACCAUUGGGACAAUCAGGCACACAGCCAGCUCUGAACUAGAAGUGGCUCCGCUCCCCGAUGUGAUUACCAUGACAUUCCUACCACUCAUUGCAGACUGUUCAGACAAGAAACCCGUACCUGUAACAGUCAGUGCAACGAUUCCAAAAACCACAGUGAACUAUACUGUCACAUGGACCCCGGGUGGCACGACAGGACUUUUACAGCAACAAGAUGCAACGAUCUACAGCCUCUCUACCUCAAUCGACUGUGUAGCUGUAGAAGACCAAAACAACUACAACGUGGAAAUCACGUUUAAAAAUGAAUUGUCUCAAAAAGCUAUCAAAAAUGUGGACAUUCCAAUAUUAAAAGGCCCAGACGCUUGCGUUCCAAUUAAUUCAGAUGGAGAGUAUUGGCCAAAAACUCCACCUAACACAAUAGUGAAGAAUUCAACGUGUCCUGUAGGUCGAAUUGGAUAUAGGAUUCGCAACUGUAACUCUUCUAAGCAGUGGGAAGGUGUUGUUUCCAAGUGUGUCAGCGAGGAGCUGGGAAAAGUUGUAAAUGCAGCAAACAACUUUCUGAAUGGACUUGGAGCCACACAGGACAUGGCCAAGAACAUAUUUGAAGGGAUCAAGAACAGCUCUAGUUUAACACCCAGUGACUCUGGUGGUGAUGCUUUAGCUGACGUUGAUGCUUCCAUUCAAAUCUUUGGGGUGAUGGCAAAGGCAUCAAAAAACGUUGAACUGAAUGAAGAUAUACUGCCUGACUUUGUUGAUGCAGCGAGCAAUAUGGUGAACUCUUCCUGGGGUGACAACGAAAAAAUUGUUCAUGAGAUGUCAGCUAACUAUCUAACCAAUGUGGAGGACUUGGUGAAAAACAUCCAGACCAACAAUAGUGACGGAUUCAACAGUUCAAACCUGGAGCUCAGAGUCUGCUCGAGUGAAGACUGCAGCAUGUCUGUUUUCGGCAUUGGUGUGAAUAUGAACAAGACCAAUGGAACAAUGAAAACAAUGGCAGUGAAGAAUCUGAUGGAAAAAUUAAGAAAUGAAAAAUUCCGAGGCACAAACCGCAGCAGCGUCUUGCUGUCAGCCACCCUUGUGGGCAACAGUGAUUCAAAUAUUACGAUCAAAAUGUUCUUUCCCAAUGAGCAACCAAAUGCCAACCAGCAUUUGUGUGUCUUCUGGCACACAGAGAAAGGUGACUGGUCAAAAGAAGGCUGUGUUGCCAACGUCACAGACGAUAAUCAAACACUUUGUGAAUGCACCCACCUCACUUCCUUCUCUGUCCUUAUGGCCAGGAGCGCCAACGUAUCUUCUCCAGAUCUUGACAUCAUCACGUAUGUUGGCCUAGGUGUAUCUGUUUUUUCCCUGCUGAUCUUUCUCUUCGUCGAGUCCCUAGUGUGGUCGGCGGUGACAAAGACCAACCUGUCGCAUUUCCGUCACACGGCUGUGGUCAACAUUGCUGUGUUCCGCUUGCUCGCCGACUGCAGCUUCUUGGCUUCUGCUUUCCCGGACCGUAUCUCUGACACCUGGUGCUUCACCUUCACCGUCUGUAAGCACCUGUUUUAUCUGGCAAUGUUCACUUGGAUGCUGUGCCUGAGCGUGAUGCUCGUCCACCAGCUCAUCUUUGUUUUCAGCCCAGUCAGAAAACGAGUCUUCAUGUACCUCUCUAGCAUUGUAGGCUAUCUUUUACCAAUCGCACUUGUGGGGACCAGCUAUGUGUAUUACAAAUACACUGAGCAGGAGUAUUAUGAUAGGAAGACCUGUUGGCUAAAGUAUGACCGGCUGUUGGAAGGCUCCAUUCACGCAUUUCUUCUUCCUGUGGGCACCAUUGUUUUGUCAAAUCUCUUCUCCAUGGUGGUUGUCAUUGUCACCUUGGUGAAGACCUCAGUACCAGACAGCAGCAAAGCGGAUGACAAGGAGACAGCCAAGAGCAUCCUGAAGGUGGUGGUCCUUCUAACUCCUGUCUUUGGAGUAACGUGGAUUAUUGGCUUUGUUAUACUCAUUCUGGAUGACACCGACCCCAUGCAUAAGGUUGCCAAUUACAGUUUCACCAUCCUCAAUUCUUUCCAGGGCCUUUUCAUUCUGAUAACUGGUUGUCUGGCAGAGCAGAAGGUCAGACAGGAAGUGGUUAGGAUCGUAAUGGUAAAAACUGGACGAGACACUAACAGCAUAAAGAAACUGACUAAUAGUUCAACUACAUUGUACACAAAGGACAAAUGAUGAUGACUGGAGACAGAAAGAGCAGCUCUGAUGUCUGCAGCUCCCCUUGUGUCCCUGGAGAGAACACUUCUUGAAGUUUGCGAUGUGUUAGAUUUUGGACCUUAGACUGUUACAUAUGUGUAGCUGGUUGCUCUAAAACAAGAUUAACAAUAACCAAAAGUUUAUCAAGUAGAACCUAAUGAUGAUUAGCAGUGAGGUGAAGCAGCAUUAUACAUGUAUACGGUAGAAGUGCAUUCAAUGUUAUGCAUUAUCUCUUGAGGCUAGCAACAGAUAUAAAUAACCAAUUUUUUUUUUUUUAGGGGUAGGGCCAAUAUGUCACUUUUAUUUAUUAUAAUUCUAAGUAAAUAAUACAAAUAGUGCACAUGACUAUUUAGCGAUAAGGAGAGGCUUCUAAAUACAGACAGAAACUAAAUGCAAUAUUUUGCAUUCAGUUCCAAACUACUGUAUAUAGAACAACGUAGGAUUUUAUUAUGUUUGGUUGUGAUUGUUUUAUUUAAAAAAAAAGCCAAUUGACAUAGUUUGAGAUGAACUAUAAGCUGUAUACAAUGUUUGUAUAUUCCUGUAUGUCUUAGAACUUGUAGUGAAAUAAAGAUGUGUUUAGAGAAUUAUGCUCA